CAGUAAAGACUGUUUGUGGGCGGAGUUUGUUGUAUAUGUCAACACAUGAAUGACAAGCGAUUGCCAAUCAAUACAAGUAGUGGUCAAUGAUUAUCACCAUUUGAUCCCAACAUUAUGUGUCCACUCAUAAUAAUAUGUCAACAAAUUUAGUCAUUAAUUGUUUAUUUAAUGUUAACUAUCAAUAAAAAGUUGGGUUUGUUUUGUUUGUUUCAUAAACUUUGUAAACUAAUCCAGUGAUUGGUUUGUUUUUUAAUGUUAAGUUAAUGUGACUUUGAUUUAGUUGUUUUUACUUUUUAAUUAAAGACAUUAUGGAAACCAAUUUAAUUGUCAACCAAUUGAGUGAACACUUAAAUAGUGACCAAAUAUUUUCGUUGAUUCACGAAAUAAUUGAUGAUAUUUGUGGUAUUUGUGACUUAAAAACUGACAAAUAUGUUCCGACAGUUUUUACUACUGAAUUACAAUUUGGUGAUUGUAUCGCAUUAUUUAAAAGAUUAUUAUUACAAUUGAUUGAUAUUCGGACCAAACAUGAGUCGUUACAACAAUUACCUGAAGAUAUCCAGAAGUUGACAUUAGAGUGCAUUGAAGUUCGGCGACCGGAACUAAGAAAAGCCAUCAUCAAUGAGACGAUUGCCGAAAACAAUCCGGUGCUCAAAGAUUUUUUCUGGAAAUUAAAUGUCGUCUUAGAUAGCGAUAAGAUGUCUGAUUUGAACGAACCACUUGUCAAUCUGGAUCUGAGUGUCACCGAAAACAAUAGAAAUAGGAUUGUGUCACUUGAAUUAGACAGAGACGAGUUGACUCAUGUUAUCAAAACAUUAGAAGAAGCAGAACAAGAACUCAGACAAUCGUAUUGAUUAACAUUACUGUCAGAAAAAUACUGAAAUUAAAAUUUAAUUUACUGUAAAAA